AUGCAAAGGGAUCGCAUCCUCGACCCAAACGAGCCACAGGACUUCCUCAUCGAAUCCGCCUCGGUCGCGAAAAUUGUCGACACUUACGCGCGACUUUUUCCCGACUCCAAGUCUGCGGUAGAGCACAUAACAAGGGAUAUCGCAAAUUCAGUAAACAUCAGGAAUAGCGGUGGGACAGGCCAGGGAUUGGCGCUUUUUGUUUAUGAGAACGACUCAAGGUUACUCAAAUCAAGGCACCCAAGCAAAAUCCUUUCUCUCGAUCAAGGAGGUCAAUGGUCAAACCUUCAAUGUCCUCUUCGAAAGGGGAUCAUUUAUUAUAGCCGAAGUAACGCAAUCUAUGAGCAAGACCUUUAUUCUUCCAAAAAUGAUGGGGUACAUUUACAUAUUCAAUAUUCCCAGCCACGGUGGAUUGCAUCGCUUCAACAUACUUCAAUGGCAAUCAGCUUUACGCUCUUUCCAAUCAAUCGCAAUCAGAUUCUACUCAUAGGGAUGACCUUUGAAGAGAGCUAUUACACUGAUGAAACCUGGCACUAUCUACACCUAUCAAUUCACGAGAUCCACUCUUAUCGCGUUGGUCCUGCCUUGUGGACUUACCACGAUUAUGGUCACUCAGAUAUCUUCGCGUUGCAGCCAAUGAAGUCGACCACAAACGCUUUAGGAAUCACAUUUGGGCUGGAUUUCACAAGCUGUAUGGAGCUAUUUGACGUCUCCACUGACGCGAAAGAAGAUAGGUACCCUCUAGUCAAGGCUGGGCAAUUGAAAUAUAGUCGACAGCUCAAUGGCGCCGUUGUACUAUCCCCCGACAGGCGUAUUCUUCUUAACGCAGACCAGAACAACGAAGCAAUCGACAUAUUCUACUCCGGCACGGGUGACACAAAUAAUAUGGAUUUUUCUUUCGUUACUCGUGUCUCGAUUCCAAAUCCCAAAGGCACCAACCGUAAAGAGGGGAGGCCGUUCGGACCCCCCUCACUUGUAUUUUCUGCUGAUGGGACCAAGUUCGCUGCCGGGACAACUGAUGGCAUAGUGUCAGUUUGGGAGGUGCGAAGUAAGAUUCCCUUGAAAAUAUUUGAGGUGGAUGUGCCCAAGGACGUUCUCCAACAACCUAUAUCGUAUCUUCAAUUCGGGAGUGGAAUAUUAGGGAAAGAGGUUCUGGUAUUUAUGGAGAACCAAGUUUCAACUGAUCUGAAGAUCAUCCACCUAAUUGACGCAACAUCAUUUGAAACAGAAGAAACUCUCUGCUUACCUAGAACUGACUAUUCCUAUGGAGGCAACCGAGGGGAGAACACAUUAUUCCUUGAGCCGAGCGGCGGCAGUAUAUAUGCCUCACUGGAGGGAACACUUUAUGAGUGGAAUCUGCAGGAAAAUACUGGGCCUGAAUGGUGGCUCAGGGAGAUGUAG